GAAUUUCCGCUGACGUCACUGUGUUUGCUUCGUCCAUAACAGCGCUGCUGCAGCUGUCUGAGAGCAACAAUAACAAGCUCCGUACAACUUCACCGCGGCGUCACCGCGUCCUGACAGCGCAGCACAACGACGACUCACAACAAAAUGUCGCUCUCUGAAUAAUUCUGGCCACUGUCACGUCGUCCUCCGAGCCCCAAACCGGGUUUUCGUCGCCGCGAAACACUCGCGAAGACUCGGCCUUAGGGGCAAGCAGGGCAGUCCGGGGUUGCAUCUGGGUCAGUGGGCCUUUCGGCGGCCGAACGGCUGGUUUUGUUCUCCCCGCAGUGUCGAGCUGCGCUCGGUCGCCUGUUUCUACCCGCGUCGUGUCAUCAACCGUAAUAACCGCGUUAAGAUGCAGGCUAACGGGACCGGACAGGAGCGAGACUCGGAGGUGUCCUGUCGAAACGGAGCACAGAACGGCGAGUCGUCCUCCGCCGUGGAAGCUCACUCCAACGGACUAGUGGCAGUCACUGACAAUGAAAACGGUGUCAGCAGCGGCAGCAACAACAACAACAACGGAGUGUCCGCGCAGCCUGCGCCCAACAACUGCAACAACAACAGCAGCAGUAGCACCUCCUCGACUGAGGUGAAGAAGAAGAAGCGUCUGUCUCAAUGUGAGGAGGACGUCAUCAGGCUGAUAGGACAACAUCUACACGACCUGGGUCUAAAUCAGACAGUGGAUCUCCUGAUGCAGGAGUCGGGCUGCAGACUGGAGCAUCCCUCUGCCACCAGGUUUCGCAAUCACGUUAUGGAAGGAGAGUGGGACAAGGCUGAGAGUGAUCUGAAUGAGUUGAAGGCAAUGAUGCAUUCUCCAAGUGCCAUAGUGAGGAUGAAGUUCCUCCUGCUGCAGCAGAAGUAUCUGGAGUAUCUUGAAGAUGGGAAGGUCCUGGAAGCUCUGCAAGUGCUCAGAGCUGAGCUCACUCCUCUCAAGUACAACACAGAACGUAUCCACGUCCUGAGUGGGUACCUGAUGUGCAGUCACGCAGAAGACCUGCGAGCCAAAGCAGAGUGGGAAGGCAAAGGCACGGCAUCACGAACAAAGCUGCUGGACAAGCUCCAGACCUACCUGCCUCCCUCAGUGAUGCUGCCCCCUCGCCGCCUGCAGACUCUGCUGAAGCAGGCGGUUGAGCUGCAGAGGGAGCGCUGCCUCUACCACAACACCAAGCUGGACAGUGGACUGGACUCUGUGUCCCUGCUCCUGGACCACACCUGCAGCAGGAAACAGUUCCCCUGCUACACUCAGCAGAUUCUGACCGAACACUGCAAUGAAGUCUGGUUCUGCAAGUUCUCCAACGACGGCACAAAACUAGCGACCGGGUCCAAAGACACCACAGUCAUCGUGUGGCACGUCGACGUGGAAACCCAGCAGCUCAAGUUGCUGAAGACUCUGGAGGGUCAUGCUUAUGGCGUUUCUUAUCUGGCCUGGAGUCCAGACGACACCUACCUAAUAGCCUGUGGUCCUGAUGACUGUUCUGAGCUGUGGCUGUGGAAUGUACAGACGGGGGAGUUACGAACAAAGAUGAGUCAGUCUCAUGAAGAUAGCCUGACCAGUGUGGCUUGGAAUCCAGAUGGCAAACGCUUCGUCACCGGAGGCCAGAGAGGCCAGUUUUACCAGUGUGACUUGGAUGGAAACCUGCUUGACUCAUGGGAAGGAGUUCGGGUUCAGUGCCUGUGGUGUCUGGGCGACGGCCGGACCGUUCUCGCAUCCGACACCCACCAGCGUAUCCGAGGAUACAACUUUGAAGACCUGACUGACAGAAACAUCGUGCAGGAGGACCAUCCCAUCAUGUCGUUCACUGUUUCCAAAAAUGGAAGGUUAGCUCUGCUCAAUGUGGCCACCCAGGGCGUGCACCUAUGGGACUUGCAGGACAGGGUGCUGGUGAGGAAGUAUCAAGGGGUCACCCAAGGUUUCUACACCAUCCACUCCUGCCUCGGGGGCCACAAUGAAGACUUCAUCGCCAGUGGAAGUGAAGAUCACAAAGUUUACAUCUGGCACCGGCGUAGCGAGCUGCCGAUCGCAGAGCUCACUGGUCACACCCGCACGGUCAACUGCGUGAGCUGGAAUCCCGUCCUGCCUGGACUGCUGGCCAGCGCCUCAGACGACGGAACCGUCCGAAUCUGGGGACCCGCCCCCUUCCUCGAUGUCCAGGAUUCAGAAGGGCUCAAUGGUAUGAGCAUGAAAACCUGCAUGAAUGGCUGUUAGGGACUGUAAACGGCACGUUGCCAGCAUGCCAUCAUCGUCAGGAACCAGUGUGAAAAACAGAUUUUAAGCCACUUAACAAAAGACUCACCUGAUAAUGUCCACGCCUGCUUAUCUACAAGCAUCUAAAAAUGUGUUGUUUACACAUUUUUAAAGCUUUUUACAGCUGGAAACUGA